AUCCCGUGCCCACCCCACUCACGGCUCUCCCUCUCCCCCAACCCCGACGCCUUCUCUCCCACAUGCGACUCCUCCUCUCCCCUCCCUGCCCCAUCGCAGUGGCUGCCGGACCCCGCUCACACCCCAACGUGCCAGGCGCAACUCUCCCUCUCCCAGACGCCGACUCUCCAUCUCCCUGAGGCCACACCCCAUCUCCCCGACGCCCUCCCUCCCCCACACCAUCAUGAUGCCAGGGCUGCACGCCGCCAACAACGCACGCCGGCAGUGUCGCGCACAGGCCAGAGACGCACGCCACCAGGGCUGCUCGCCGGAUCUCCAACGACACCGCCCCUCAGGCCAUGGAUGCAAUGGCGUGGGCCUAAAAGGCAGCCAUAGGAGGGCUUGAGAUGCGGAGGCAUGGGCUCAAGAUGCGGCGGCCGACGCGGGUUUGGGAUGUGGCGGCUGCAGCUUCCACGAGGACGGCCACUAGGUCGCCAAGGCUGCCGGACACCAGGCUCACAGGUGUCAUUACGUACAAGAUGAUUUUUGGCUUCGGCUGAUUUGCUAAACCCAGUUCUACGGGAAGCUGAAAGGUGGUGGUUUUGAUAUGCUCAUAGAGAUGCUAAGGUAUAUAUGACCCUGAUGGAAUGUUUUGGCUAGAUUGUGGGCAUGCAGGACCUAAAAUGAUUAACAAGAUAUCAAAAGGCUUUGCUUUUUUUAUCUUUCACACAGAAGCAAGAUGCACAAAGGCUUGUCUCAGUUAGAGUGCCUUGAUGGCUUGUCUCAGUCCUUCCUGUGAUCCAUGUGUUGCAGCCUGUCGUACUUGGGCCUUUUUUUGUCGGGUUCAUGAUUUAGGGUCUCUUCUCUUUCUCAGUUUAUUUGUUUAUUUUUUGGUAGUUGAUAUCAUGCUUCAUAAUUAUUGAUUAUCCAAGUUCCAAGCUUGCAGGGAACUAGCAAAAAACAUACGGGCAAGUUAUCUGUAAGUAAUUAGCCGUUUUUCUUUCAGUCAAACUGAAGAAAUUUGAAACCUUCUUAUAGUUGUUUUGUUUCUUGAAAUAAUUGACGCUAGGUAUGUCUUUCCGUUUAUUUAUAAUAUAAUUUGCUAUUGGCAAGUUAUCAAGCCUGUAAUACUGAUGCCUCAUAAGUCCAUAAUGUGUGGAAUAACAAGAGCAACUCAUGAAACCUAUAAUAAUUAACUAAAACCACAUAUUUUGUUAUGGUAUUUUUUAGGAGCAUUAUGACUAUGUCAAGCCUAUAAUGUUGAUUGGUUCAGGGGGAAAGGUUAUCCAUUGGUAUGUUUAUCAUGGUUUUUUUUGGCAGCAACCGGCAAGAACUCAUCAGCUUUUGGUUCAGCUGAUAUUGAAUAAGCUAGAAAGCAAUAUUGAGAAGUUUGCUUUUGUAUAUGGUUAUCUAGGAUUACCAAGUUUACAUUGAUUUUGUAUUCUACCUGUUUGCUUCAUCUCUAUCCACUAACCCCCUAUUUCCAUACAAAUGUCGAUUCUAUAACUUUUCAAUUAGUUUGCAAGUGUGCUGAUAUAGCAGAACAACUAACUGAGAUGCCAUUUGCAGAGUCUAUAAUUUUUCCAUAUCUCUAUGCCACAACAUACUGAUAUAGCAGAGUCUGCUGGAGGUCUAGCUGUAGAUGCCAUUUGCAAGUGUGACAUGUAAGUGUUAUUCUUGCAGGCAUUAAGCAGAGCAGUUGCUAGGCUAGCCUGACUAAGGCAUGGUUUAGAGGACUGAAACUUCAGUUUAUCAAAUUGGACAGGCAUGGUUCAGGGAAGUUAUAGAAGAAGAGUCCUCGAUGACCUCUUCCCUUGAGCAAGUGCUUCAAUGCAAUUCUGAAGGGGAGUUCCUUGAGCUUGUGACUAUGGCCUUGGAUUUUUGCCACUGAACUGUAUGACAUGAUGCAUAGCUGGUACUUUCAUGGUUGUUUCCAUGCAUGGUUCACAAACUGAAAACUCACAAAUUAUUACCUUUAUAGGAAUAUUGAAAUAUGAAUUGGCAAGAAGGAAACAAGGGUAGCAAAAGAAGGUCGCCAAGAGCUUUGUUCUCUGUUUGGAGUUCAAUAUCACUAACUGAAAAUAUUUGAAAGCGUUGUUAUUAAUUCAUAGCUACCUUGUGAGGUUAUGAUGAGUGAAUGCUUAUCUCCCUUUUUGCAAACUGAAAGCUAUUACUUAGUGGUGCAUGCUGUUGUAGUUCUACACAUUCUGAAUUGUAAACAUGGAUGUUUUGUAACUUGUUGAUUUAGUUAUCAUGAUGUCGUAAAACUUCCUUAAAAAUGUCUCAUUUUGUGAAUCAGUUCUUGGCCUCUUAGUUACUUGAGCAUGCCUCAAAGUCGAUAUGUUAAAUUUAUUAUGUGACAAAAUAUUUGGUUAUACAAUAUAUGAGACGUGAAUCUUAAUAAAUUCGAUUGUUCCUUUGUUAUUUACAAAUUGUAUCUUAGUGGUGAUAUGAAUAUUUUGGUUGCUUAAUUUGCAUUUCCCCAAAUUUUAUGAAUAUUUUAUGUUAGAUGGUUAAUACGAGAAAUAACUUUACUAUGUAUUUUUAUGUAAAAGUGUUUCGCAGAUUAUAUACAUGCUCAAAUAUAAUUGUAUAAAAGUUAAACUAUGGAAUAAAAUUAUUGGUUCUUUUCAUAUGCAUCCCUAGAUAAAACCGUAGCAUUAGCACGGACAUUAUACUAGUGGUGUUAAGUGUGGUACAUAGACAUUGGAUUGUGUAUCCUAACAAAUGACAAGAUGAACGCAACGCAACAACACAAAGACAACAUGCCAUUUACUCAUGUUUCCAUUUAUCGAAGUCAUAGUAUCUGCGAAACAUAUAAGAUCAAGUUAUAGCUUGCAAAUGGUUCAUGGUGGAACCCCUACUUAGAUAAAACUAUUGAUGAAGCCAGGGAUUCGAUAGUAUAUGACACGCAAAUGAAUGAAUUGUAAAGAAAACAUGUUAAAUCGUACUAAAUAUUGAACAGCAUAAGGUUACUGCACAAUUGCAUUCGCCACUUUUCUAAUUAUGUAUGCAUACGGUUUAGGCGGUGGAAUUUUAACACUACCAACGCCCAUGCUCGUUGGUUCCCAAACCCUAACCGUGGCACUGCUCUGUAUAUAGCCGUCGCGCCUGCAACCAUUGGUACAAGUACCCUAUAUUCAUUAUCAUCACUUGCCCGCACUUCAAAGCUCAAUCCCUUCCUUGCGUGGCCCUUGCGUUUGCCAUGGCCAUGCAAGCGCGGCACCACUCCCACGACUACUUCCUAUCGAGGGCCGGCUCCCUGUUCUUGGACGAGUACGCCGGGUGCGUGCCCCUGCCAACGUCGCCGGCGGUGGGGAUCCGGGACAUGCCGCUGCUCAGCGACUUUGCAGGCAGCGAGCUUAGCUUUGGCUACAGUUUCCUGCCGAGGAAGCGGGCGCGCAUGGAGGAUCACCGCGUUGUUCUGCCCCCGGCGGUGAUGCAGGGGCUGGUGCAAGUGCAAGUGCAACUGCCGAUGACAUCCAGUAACGUGAUGGGUUCCGGCGCCGUGACGUCCACAAGUGGGAGGGAGAUCGACGCGCUGCUAAGAGUGGAGGUACGUACGAGCGAGAGGAUGCGCGCGGCGCUGGAGGCGGCGUGGCGGAGGCACGCGCGGGCGCUGGCGUCCGCCGUGGGUCGAACAGCGGCGGGACGGAUGCGCGCGGCGGAGUCGGAGCUGGACGGCGCGCUGCGGCGCAACGGGGAGCUGGAGGAGACGGCGCGGCAGAUGGUCGCGGAGUGCCAGGCGUGGAUGGGCGUCGCGAGGAGCCACGAGGCCGUCGCCGCCGGCCUCCGCGCCUCACUCGACCAGCUCCUCCUCCAGUCGCCCCCCUGCGCGGUGGCGACUGGCGGCGCUUGCGAGGGUCAUGGGGAGACCGAGGACGCGCGGUCGUGCUGCUUCGAGCCAGGCUGCUCCGGCGGCCGCGGACCACAGGGGGCGGUGGAGGAGUGCAGGUCGUGCGGCGGCGGCGAGGCGUGCGUGCUGCUGCUCCCGUGCCGCCACCUGUGCCUGUGCCGCGCGUGCGAGGCCGCCGUCGACGCCUGCCUCGUCUGCGCCGCAGCCAAGAACGCAUCGCUCCUUGUCCUGGUCUCUUGAUCCGAAAAAAUUUCGGAUUUCGCUACUGUAGCACUUUCGUUUGCUUGUGGUAAAUAUUGUCCAAUCAUAAACUAACUAAAGUCAAAAGAUUCGUCUCA